AUGAUGCACUUAAACAAUGGACCAUAUAUUCUUUUUUUGGUUAUAUUAAGUUUAUCGGUCGUUGCAGAUGCAGUUUUUAAUACUAAUACUUGCGAUCUUGAAAAGUUUUGUCUUUCUAUGCCAUUAAACUGUCAAGCACAAAACAUCUGCAGACAAAUAUUUAGCUAUGCUCCUGGUAUUGAUGGUUGGGUUACCAUUGAAGCUUACGACAAGUCUUCGGACCCAAUGACAAAUGUGCUGGCAGUCGCUUUUUCAGACGAUGAAAUAAUGGGCGACGAACCGGUAACACACUGUAGUUUCGGUGAGAAACCACAAAUUCAUUUUUCUUACAACAGUGGCAAGGAUAAUGUUCAAUUAUUUCAUGAAAACACGGAGUUUGAAAAAAAUAAUUUGAUACUGCUAAAUGCCACACGUGAUAACGGUUAUCUGUACUGUAAAUUUCGCCAACGUAUUCAUCCUGUUGGAGUAAACGACUUCAAUUUUGACCUAUCAAAAAAUGCGACGAUUUUUCUGAUGCAUACUGUCGCAAAAGAUCCAAAAUUUAUCGAAAUACAUUCGCUUGAUCCGACUUCAGAAGAUUUUCCUGUAAUGUUCAAUGAAACUGUCAACAUCUCUGAUGCAAACGCAAAAUUGGUCACUAAACCGAGAAGAACUAUAAGGAUGUCAAAAGCUACAAAAAGAAAGCUGAUUUUGCUACAUGGCUUUAACUCAGCAAAAUUUCAGCUUCAUCGUAUUCUAAACGUGUUUAGCGUGCUAUUGAUGUUACUGGCAACUGCUUUUAUAUUCAUUGCAGUGGACUUGAGAUGGACAGGACCAACUCUAAAGAAAUCAUUUUUUGAAAAUCUAACUGCUCGUCCCUCAAUGCAUUCUUUGGUUGGCUAA